ACUAUAGCCGCAAACCCCGCCAAAUACCAGGAGUUUGUCGAUACGUUUGGCACCCAUUACUUUGACAGCGCUUUCUUCGGCGGAUUUGUUCAGCAGUCGAUUGAAUUGUCAUCAAAUCUGAACCUAAAGAUGUCUGAGAAGGACAUCAAAGUGAACGCCGAGGCCUCCUUCCUAUCAGUCGUCAAAAUAAAGGGCGGUUACUCUGGAGAGGACAAGAAUGUGACCCAAGAGUUCAAACAAAACUCGGAAGUCUUCACAGCAUUCUAUGGGGGAAAGGCUAACCUCUUGAAAGACAACAACUCGUGGGCCCAGUGGUGGGAAACGGUGCCGAGAGAUCCCUGGCUGUUUGGCGGCAAUCUUAAGCCAAUCGACAAUCUGAUCGAAGGUGCGAAGAAGCCUCAAGUGGCGGAAGCCGUGAGAGUCAAACUCGACAAGUCUUUCCUCGAGGAGACCAAACAAGAGCUGAUUUUAUUCAAGAAGUUCUCUCCCGUUUCGGUCGACUCAUACGUCGCCUCAAUUGACAAACUGUUGACCCAAAGCAUCCCCACUCACGACGACGUCAAGGCUGUCAAGCAAUCGGUGGCAGACUUUUUGGCCAAAGAGACGGCAAAACUGGACAAAGCAUUCCUCAAUGGUUUGGAACAGUCUCUGCAAUCCGUUCAAAAUACUGAGCUCUUCUGCAAACGAGUAAUCGCCGAGAAGUGUAUGCCUGACCGCUUGGCAGACGUGGAAAAGAGUAUAGAAGAUGGCGAACAACUGUUUAAUAAAGCGGAUCAGCUCAAGAACACCGACAUUCCCAACAGGGAUCAGUUCAAAGAGGUGUCGCGUAAUGUCGAGAAAUAUAUCUACACUCAGAAACACGAGAAGAUCGGCGAAUGCAGUGAAAAGGUUUUCUGCAAUUCAUGCAAAAUAACUGAAGCGACGGUCACUCAUAAAGACAAAUGCAAUUCACAAGAAAUCAAAGAUUUGCUUAAUAUUCACGACUAAAUUAAAUAAUAGUUAAACUACUAAGUUAUUUAACAUUUAAAAC